CAUCAGUACGCGACAGAAACGGGUGAAAGGCGUUGGAGACACCGUGCAAAGUAGAGCGAGUUGUUUCUGUAGUUGUUGUUUUAACUACAGAAAGAUGAAUGUGAACAGGUUUCUUGUCCUGUCCAGAACCUUUUCGUACCGAACUCUUGUCCAUGCGCGGCACGUCGGAGUUCAGCAGCGAAGGUGCAUCAGAACCCAUUCUAGAAACCUGGCCUAUGCCAAGGAUUUGUUCCUCGGGCAGGUGAAUAAGGCCGAGGUCUUUCCUUAUCCCGAAAUUGGAAACGAGGAGCUGGAGGAGAUCAAACAGUUCGUCACUCCUGUGGAGAAAUUCUUCAGCGAGGAAGUUGACUCAGCAAAGAUUGAUGAAGAAGCUAGAAUUCCACCUGAGACACUGGAUGGCCUAAAACAGCUCGGCCUGUUUGGAAUUAUGAUUCCUGAGGAGUAUGGGGGUCUGGGACUGUCUCACACCAUGUAUGCACGACUCAAUGAGAUCAUAGCAUUAGACGGGUCCAUAGCUGUAACUCUGGCUGCACAUCAAGCCAUUGGGCUCAAGGGCAUUCUGAUUGCUGGGAAUGAAGCUCAGAAGAAGAAGUAUCUGCCCAAAUUGGCAUCAGGAGAGCACAUAGCAGCCUUCUGUCUGACGGAGGCAGGGAGUGGAAGUGAUGCAGCUUCCAUUAAGACUCGUGCAACUCUUUCUGAAGAUGGAAAACAUUACCUGAUCAGUGGUUCCAAGAUAUGGAUCUCAAAUGGAGGAAUGGCCGAUGUUAUGACAGUAUUUGCCAGAACAGAAGUGGAAGUAGACGGCGUAAAGAAAGAUAAGAUUUCUGCUUUUAUUGUGGAGAGGGAUUUUGGUGGCGUCACCAGUGGCAAACCUGAGGACAAACUAGGCAUCAGGGGUUCCAAUACUUGUGAACUGUCCUUUGACAACGUUCCAGUGCCAGUGGAGAAUGUAAUAGGAGAAGUAGGAGGAGGAUUCAAGAUUGCUAUGAACAUCUUGAACUCUGGGAGGUUCAGUAUGGGCAGCUCCUGUGCUGGAAUGAUCAGAAGGCUGAUUGAACUUGCUUCUGAGUAUGCUGCAACCAGGAAACAGUUUAACAAACGCCUGAGUGAAUUUGGUUUGAUUCAAGAGAAGUUUGCAUUGAUGGCAAUCAAUGCUUACGUGAUGGAAAGCAUGGCCUACCUUACAGCAGGAAUGAUGGACAGACCGGGAGUUCCAGAUUGUUCUUUGGAAGCUGCAAUGGUCAAGGUGUUCAGCUCUGAGGGAGCCUGGGUUUGUUGUAGUGAGGCUCUGCAGGUCCUAGGAGGGCUGGGCUAUACGAAGAACUAUGCCUUUGAGCGUUACGUCAGAGACUGUCGCAUUCUGCCGAUCUUUGAGGGAACUAACGAGAUCCUGAGGAUGUAUGUUGCUCUCACUGGGAUGCAGUAUGCCGGCAGUGUCCUCACAGGGAAAAUGCAGGAGAUGAAGAAAGGAAGCAUGCUUCUGAUUCUGACCAUGGCCGGCAAGAAGCUGAGGACCUCACUGGGAGCUUCCGUAGACCUUGGCCUGACAGGACAGGAUUGGGUGGUGCAUCACAGCUUGGCAGACAGUGCAAAGAAGUUUGAGCAGAACGUCAGCAAUUUUGGGUCGACUGUGGAGAGCCUUCUAUACAGAUAUGGAAAGAGCAUAGUGGAUGAACAGCUCGUCUUGAAGAAGGUUGCAGACAUCGUGAUCAACCUGUACGCCAUGACAGCUGUCCUGUCCAGAGCCAGCCGCUCGAUCUGUAUCGGCCUCAACAAUCAUGACCAGGAGGUGCUGAUCGCGAACACGUUCUGCAAUGAUGCCUUCCACAAGAACAAUUACUUGAUAGUUCAGAUGCAAAAACAUUGUCCUGAAAACAACGAUGCCAACCUAAAGAAGAUUGCCAAGGCAGUCUUAGAGAACCGAGCCUACAUCUGCUCUCACCCUCUGGAAAGAACUUUCUGAGCCCUUCGGACCAGAGGACUGUCUCUAACGUUGACUGGAGGGACUUCGCUCCCAGUUUUUCUCUGUUCUAGGCUUCACUCAUAAAUCAGGACAUUUGCAUCUAUAGGAGUAGCUGUAUAAGUAACCUCCUCUGUCAGAGGG